AUGUCAACGACAACCUUCCAUGAAAAAGAGAAUAUUCGCGUUGCAGAGGUUCCAAUAGAAUCAAUCAGAAGAAUUGCAGCUAACACGUUGCUGAUUGCACACAGAAACAAGGCAGCUUGCAUCUACAAACUGAGCACGGAUGAAUCAGAGAAGUCUAAGAUAAUCAAAGAGUACAGAAUUCACAGGUCAUUGGUUUCUGACGUGUGUUAUGCUGAAAGAGGAAACCAAAUUCUGACUGUUUCGAGAAAUGUGCUAACAAUGAUCGACAAGGAGACCAAGGAGUUCAAGAAGUUUGAGGGACACACCAGAGACAUUGUUUGUGUUGCAGUAAACAACUCCAACACGAAGAUUGUGACAGGAAGCCAGGAUGGAACAUUCAUAGUUUGGAAUACGCAGGGAAAGCAGGUUGCGAAGUUUAGUGCUGCUGAAAAUGGCCACACGAGUUGGGUUAACACGGUGAGCUUCGUUCCUGGUUCAGAUGAGUUGGUUGCAACUGGUUCAGAAGAUGGUCUGGUUAAAAUAUGGGAUUUGAGUGCAAACACGUGUUUGAAGACAUUUCUAGGUGGACAAUUUUACGACUUGAACAAUGCAGAGGAAGCAAGGAAUCUGAAGGGAAAUAACACAGAGUUGGCAGUAAAGGCAGUUUGCUUCUCUAACGAUGGGUCUCUGAUGGCAUAUGGUGGAAGAAAUUCACGUGUUUACAUCGUAAAUCUCUCUGUGAACCAGACUAUGCAGGGAUUUGAUGUACCAGGGCGAAUUACAGCAAUUGCAUCGGGUGAAAAUCAGCCACUGAUUGCAAUCGCAAUUCCAAACAAGGUGCUUCUAUGGAACAUCAUUGAAGAGAAAAUUGUGGCAGAACACACAUUCAGCAGCAAGAAUGAGGUCUAUGCAUAUUCAAUGACAUUCAUGGGAGAUGAAUUGGUGCUUGGACUGACAACAGGUGAGUUGAUUAGACUGGACAUUUCUAGAAGUUAA